GUUUAUUAUGUUAGUUUUCAAAUAAUGAGAAUAAGUAUCAAAUGUAGAAAGAGAUUUCAUUUCUGUUCUUUUUCAUGUGUACUAUUUAACAAAAUAAUUUUGGGAAUAGGACUACAAAAUGAUAUAGGGUGCCGGGACUUGAGUGGAUCGUGCUCAACAGAAAGUAGGAAAUCUUAAUUUUAAUGGAGAAAAAUCAAGUACCUGACACAUUGUUGCUAGAGGUUGCUUGACAAAACGGAACCACAAUGGGCUCAAUGCUGAGAAACUUGUGGAUUCUGUUGAUCUUCGUGACUUGUUGUGGAAGUGUUGAUAUUGUGUAUAAUAUCACAGAAGAACAGGGGGCUAAUGUGACAUUGGGGAACAUUUUCAUUGAUGCCAAACUUGGAGAAUUUCAUAAUGAUAGUCACACGGAUAAGCUGAAGUACUCGUUUUUAAGUCAGCCACCUCAUUAUUUUGCCAUAGAUCCUGAAACUAGUGAUUUCAAAACAGCUAUGAAUUUAGACAGAGAAAAAAUUUGUCCAUACAAAGAAGACUGCACAAUUCCAUUAGAAAUAGCAGUUCAGUCCGAAAUUGCAGCAUUUUUUGAAAAAAUCAUCAUCAUGGUAAAUCUUCUAGAUAUUAAUGAUAAAACACCAGCAUUUCCAAACUCUUCCACUAAUCUCAGAAUUUCUGAAGGUGCUAAGGUUAACAAGAGUUUUGUCAUUGAUGGAGCUAUUGACCAAGAUAGCGAAGAGUACUCUGUUAAAAGAUACGAAGUUAGGCCAAAAGGAACUCCAUUUGAUGUCAUUUUCUUCAGAAACCUCGAUGACAGUCUUUCAGUGAAAUUGAAGGUCAUUCGAUCUUUGGACCGAGAAGAAACAAGUCAUUAUGACAUUCAAAUUCUGGCUUAUGAUGGUGGGUCUCCUCCCAAGGUUGGCAUGAUGAGAGUUAACGUUACUAUAGGUGAUAUUAAUGAUAAUAACCCAGUGUUUGAUAAAUCCAUCUACAAUGUGACUGUCAAGGAAGAAAUUGCUGUGAAUACCACCAUUCUUCAAUUAAGAGCUACUGACAAAGAUAUUGGUAAAAAUGGUGAAAUUUUAUAUAAAAUCAGCACUAACCAACCUGAAAAACUUCAAGGACUAUUUUUUGUAAAUGAAAAUACUGGGGAACUUAAAAUUGCUAAACAGUUGAUCUAUGAACCUAGUGAGAAGUACAGACUGAUUGUUGAAGCUUAUGACAAAGGGGAGCAACCCUACCCCACCCAGGCUAUUGUGAAUGUUUAUGUACAAGACUCGGGUAACAAUCCUCCGGAAAUUAAAAUCAACUUGCUGACUGAUACGGAUCAUGCCCAAGUGUCUGAAUAUGCAAACCGUGGUGCUGUGGUUGCCCAUAUCCGAGUGAUUGAUAAUGAUGCUGGGGCUAAUGGAAUUGUCAGUUGCAACAUCAGCAACAAUCAGUUCACACUUCAGAAACUUGAGGUUCAGGAAUAUAAGGUGACUGUGGAUAAACCAAUGGAUCGUGAGGCCCAGGAUGAACAUUUUGUGAUCAUUACAUGUCAAGAUAUUGGUUCUCCACCUCUUAGCUGUAAUGCAAGUUUUCGAGUGAAAGUCACAGAUGAAAAUGACCAAGAACCCCGAUUUUCUCAGAAUGAAUAUCAUGCUAAGAUUCCAGAGGGUAACAAUCCUGGAGAUGCCAUCAUUCAGAUUUUAGCCACUGACAAUGACCUAGGUAACAAUGCUAGAAUUCAUUAUAAACUUCACGGUGAUGCUGGUGCUGAUUUCCGUGUUGAUGAAGACACAGGGACAAUCCGUGCUAACAAGGUUUAUGAUAGAGAGUCUGUGUCUCAGUAUCGCUUCCGUGUAUAUGCUGUUGAUUCUGGAGAUCCCCCACUUUCCUCCACUGCUACCAUUGUGGUAAAUAUUGAGGAUAAAAAUGACAACUUUCCAGAAUUCACUCAAAAUCAGUUCAAAGCCUCUGUCCAAGAGAAUGUGCCUUUUGACACAUUUGUUCUUCAGCUGACAGCCACUGACAAAGAUUCAGGAGACAAUGGAAAAGUAUCAUUCUCCCUUCCAAAGCAUUCAGAGAUCCCCUUCUUCCUGGCCCCCAAUGGCACCAUCCUGGUCAAUGGGAAUCUCAAUAGAGAAGAGAAGGAUCGAUACAUAUUUACGGCCAUUGCCUCAGAUCAUGGAAACCCUCCCAAUAGAAAUUCUGUGGUGAUUCAAGUGGAUAUCACGGAUGCCAAUGACAAUGAACCAAUCAUAGUGUUCCCUAAUGCCUCCAAUGACACAGUGAAGGUAUCCGUGAACUUGGCACUGAAUACGAUAGUGGCUCAGAUUCAAGCUUUUGACAUAGAUGAGGGAGAAAAUAAAACAUUGGUGUAUUCUAUUGCCAAAAGAAAUGAUUCAGACAUUUUCAAUAUUAAUAGUUUGACUGGGGAAGUUAUUGUGGCCAGAACCAUGCAUCCUAGACAUAUUGCCAGCUACUUCCUCACGAUUGCAGUGUCAGACAAAGGAGUGAAGCCUCUUACUAAGUAUGAGAAUUUACAUUUGGUGGUGGUGAAAACAAAUGCCACCACAUCUGGGAUGACGCACACCACAGGAGAUGAUGAGCUCAACAUGAGAAUUGUGGUAGCAGUUGUGGUUGUCACACUUGUUCUGUCAGCCUCCAUUCUUCUUACAAUAUUUUUUGUGAGACGCAGGGACCUGAAACGAAAGGAAUUAAAUGCACAGACUGAGGCUAAAGCAAAUACAAAUUCAUGUCCCAGAGUUUAUGUUGAUCCUCCGAAAUAUGUUGCCCCAGGACAAAAUGUGGGCAUGUUUUACAGCGAUGAAACAGAUGAGGGAGGAAGAAGAAACCACCAGAAUAUGUAUCAGUUGUCAGACCCUACAGUCAAUAUGGACAAACACACCAGAAGUGAAUCGCCAAAUGACGAGGCCCGACAGUCUGAGUUGAACAGAAUGGCCUCCAUUAGGCUUCACCAGAAACUGGUCCAGACACAUGACAAGCAGUGGCCAGUACAUAGCUCAGAGUAUAACAAAGAGAGACCAGACAAUCACAGUGACACGUCAGGGGAGACAAUUCAGUCAGACAGUGGUGUAGGGAUCAGUGAAGGGGAGACAAGAAGCACGAUGUCUCACUCUCAUCAUACAGAUGAUCUCCGUAAUAAGUUUGGCCCCUCCCAGAACGGCAGAAGAGGAACACCCCCACACCUGAGCAACAAUGUUCGCUAUCAAAAUCUUUCAUACUCCCAGCCACCCCCUCUUUAUGAAAACGUGAUGGAACUACAGCAGUAUUCCAAAAUGAUGGGGGACACCUCCCAUCACCUUCCUGUCCAUGUACGCACAUUUUAUCAACCUAAGACUUCUGUAAGUCCUACAUCAUCCAUUCCAUCUUACGGACAUUUUUCUAGUGGAUUAUACACGGCCCGGAGUGUGGACGAGACAAUAGACAGUGUUGUUACAGGCUAUAAUGAUGAUGACACGACUACAUCUGGCAGCUACACCAUUGAUGAAGAUGAGGAAGAUCCUGUAGAAGUACGUCUUCAGAAGGUGCCAGAUGUGUUUGUAUGAUGGGGAAAGUGUCUCCUUAAUGUCUCAUGUGUUCCUAAUUCUAGUCAGGAUGUCCUUCCUCAGAACAAACUCUGUCUGAAAAACAGUGCUACACAAAAACAGAAGACUUGUUUAUCCAGAUUUAUUUUUGUUAUGCAAUAUUUUACUUGAAUAUGUUAUCAAUGUGCAUAAUGUUUGUGUUAUGUUAUAUUACACAUAUCUUGUUCAAAAUGCAUUUAUGGUCUCAAGUAGAAAAUCAGUAUGGGUGCAACAUUAUAUUUGAAUAUAUACUUUACUGUGCACAAUUUAUAUACAAAGAUGAUCUCUAUAAUGUAAAGUUCCUUUUCUUCAGAUUUUGGAUGUUAAUUGGAACAGAUUUUGUAUUAAAUCAACACAUAAAAUGAAUACUUAAUUUUUGUUCACUUUAAAAUACCUUCAAAUCAUAUCAUAUCCAAUAAGGAAUAGGGCACAAUGUAUUUCAUAAUCUAGAACUGUAAAAAUAUUCCUUGUUACAUUGUCUCUGCAACAAAACUGUUGGCAGCAUUUGUUGUUGGUCCAGAAUAUUGGACUGUAAUGCAUUUAACUGUUUUUUCCUUGUAUAUUGUUAUUAUUUUGCUAUAAGCAGCAAUAUAUUUUUAUA